CAUAUCUUAUAAACAUUUUAAAAAAUCUGAGAACAUCUCUUUUUUUUACUUGAGGUCAUUUUUGAGAUUUCUUUUUGCUUCAAAUUAAUAAACUUGACUAAAUAAAUCUCCGCUCAUGAACUAUUUUCAUAACGUCUAGAAUUUCUAGCGCGAAAAAAUGAUUUUUUUUUCGAUAUUAGACAUUAUUUACUAUUAUAUUAUUAUGAUAAUAGUAGAUUCGAAUGCCAUUCAGAAAAUCAUCGAAAAACAAACUAAAUAUAUUUAUAUCAUAUAGGUUAAGAAAUUCUACGAAAGAAUUUGUAAGUUAUAUUAUAUCAAUUCGAUAUUAUUGUUCUUAUUUUCAUUAUUGCUUUAACAAAUAUAUUUAAGUACGAUAAUAAUUUCUUUUCGUUACUAAGAAAACAGAUCUAAAAAUAAUUUAGAAUUCGGAAAAAAUCAAAAAAAUUUUUUUUUGAUAAACCUAUAACGAGGUUUCAUCAUUUCAAUGAAAGUUUUUUUAGUCUAAUGAAACCACUCAAUGUAUUACAACGAUAUUGCAUUACAAGUAUCAAACAUGCCUGAUGAAUGAUAGUUUAUGCUUAAUUGAAAAAAGGAUUUACUUUUAUAAAAAAAAAAAGAAAGUUGUACAAUUAAAAGAGCAGCUCAGAGACAAAUCCUAAUUAAUGUAUUAUAAAGAUCGUUUUUCAACCUCUAGCAUGAAAAACUUAAAGUGCACACGACUUUAAGCAUCUUAAUAUUUCAUUUCAUCAUUUUUUUUCCUUCUUUCGAACAUCCUAUAUCAUACGAAAAUGAGCUGAAUAUCGCUGAAAGAAUCGUGAGAUCUCCUUUUCAAAUUCUAACACUAAACUAGAACAUAGAAAUCUCCUUAGAAUUUCAUAUUAAGCAGUUUUCUCUUCCUCGACAUCGAAAGCAUUUCCUUACGAUGUGCUUUUAUUUAAAGACUACGUUACAGAAACACUGUCUCAUUUAUAGUACGUCCUCGUGUAUGAGAGACAAAAAUCUCUUCGAUAAUGACGAUCUCUUUUCUGUUUCGUUCAUUGUAAUAAUUCCUAAUAUUUCAGAGAAGGCGUCCUGGAUACUGAUUAUGAUCGACAUUUGUGUACUAAGCAAAGAUGAACAACUACACUCUAUCUCUCUCCAACUCCACAUAACUCCAGUCCUAUUUUCUAAGAUCCUACUCCAACUUCAAUUUAACUUCAAUUCGAGUCGGAUUUUACAAAACUGAACUUCUGCCAAAACACUCUUAAAUACACAUAAGUAUUUGAACAUAAUUAAAUCUACGAUUGAUAUAAAUUAGUAGCAUAUUAAUUUAUUGCUUUAUAAACUUUCUCAUAAAAUUCAAAGAUAGGCACCUCCAUUCUGUCCUGUUCCUGCUCCAUUUUCACUCUGAUGAGAAAAAGCAUCAACUUUGGAGUUGGAAUUGCCCAUCUCUGAUAUCAACCAUUUCAAAAUACUUACUCCUCAGAUCCUCCUGAAUAUAUCCAUAACAUGCGAGCUUACAGAAGACUUCUCAGAACAAGUACUACAUAAGGAUUAUACCAUCAUUCUCAUAGAAGAUACUCAUUAUUUUUAGAUUUUCAGAUUUUGACAGAGUAUCUUAUUUAGUCAUCGAAAUUCUCUUCGAGAACUCUUAUACAAUGGUUUGAAGAUGGUGUUCAUCAAAAGUUACAAAUAGCAUUUUAGAACACUUUCUUUUCAAAGCCCAUAAAAUCCAUAGAUCCCAAUGUUUUUCACUGAAGAACUCCGUUCGAAAUGACAUCCAUCUUUUCAACAUUUGCAAAAGUAGAAGCCCUCUCAGAUUACAUAGAUUCGCGUGGAAUCCUCUCAACUUUGUUCAAUUUCGCCUGUAUCCAAACCUUCUCAUGAUCUUACUCAGGAUACAUCACGGUUGUUCUUUGAACAGCUUCACAUAACUUACCAAAAGCCUUAUAAAAUUUCACCGGCAUUCUCUAUGCAAAUACUUAGGAGAUUCUUCGGCAGAUCCACAUUCAUCAUACAGAAAAGUCAUGUAUCCUUAAAGUUUCCUAAAAAAUAUAGGGAUUAGGUUUGAUAUUUUGUUGUUCAACGAUUUGAUAUUCUUGUCACAAGAUACAGAUAGAAUCUACUUUGAUGUUCAUAUAAAUGAUCAUUCUGCCAAAAAGAUUCUGAAUUCUUGCAAUUCUGAAAAAAAUCCUCAGAUCUCUAUGUUUUUCUAUCAAAAACUUACAUGGAAUUAGUAUUACUCUUUCUUGGAGAACCUUCUUACAACAAUCUCCAGGUAUUAUUUUUAUGAUCAAUAAGAUCUUGGCAAGAACUAGAAGUAACAUAGAUGUAAGAAUCGUUACCAAAUCCUUUUUUUCUCACAAGAAACUAGGAAAAGACUUCUGAAUUUUUAUCUGCGAAACGAGCAUUCUCAAAGAGGAAUGUCGUAUUUCUAGCGCUUGCUCUCACGAGAGAUGAAAUCUCUUCAACAACGACGAUUUCUUUUCUUUUUUGUUCAUUGUAGGAAUUCUCAAUAUUCCAGUUGAUACCCGAUGGGCCCAGAAUGGAGUGACUGUUGCUGGUGGUCAUGGAGAAGGCAGUGCCACCAAUCAACUCAACAGCCCUUAUGGUCUCUUCGUUGAUGAUGAUCAAACGAUAGUCAUCGCUGACUACUACAAUGAUCGUAUCAUUCAAUGGAAGAUGGGUGAUACGAAUGGACAAGUAGUAGCUGGUGGCAAUGGCGAAGGAAAUCGAUUGGAUCAAUUGAAUGAUCCAAGCGAUGUAUUGAUCGACAAAGAGACGGAUAGUCUCAUUAUUUGUGAUUCAGGGAAUCGACGAGUCGUACCAUGGUCUCGUCGUAGUGGUACAACUCAAGGAGAAAUUUUCAUCAAUAACAUCGAUCCUUAUGGAUUGGCCAUGGAUGAUCAGAGAUAUCUCUACAUCUCUGACUACGAAAAACAUGAAGUAAGACGAUAUCAAAUAGGAGACAAGGAUGGAACUCUCGUGGCUGGUGGCAAUGGCAAAGGUGCUGGUCUCAAUCAACUCAACUGGCCGACCUACAUCUUUGUCGAUCAGCAACAGGCUGUCUACGUGUCAGAUUGGAACAAUCAUCGUGUAAUGAAAUGGAAUAAAGGUGCAAGAGAAGGAAUUAUCGUUGCUGGAGGUCAAGGACAAGGGAAUGCUCUGACACAGUUGUAUCAUCCUAAUGGGCUCUUCGUCGAUACGUUGGGUACCAUCUAUGUGGCAGACUCGUGGAAUCAUCGAGUGAUGCGUUGGCCUAAAGGAGCGAAACAGGGUACUGUCAUUGUGGGUGGAAAUGGUCAAGGAGAAGGAGCAAAUCAGUUCACCUAUCUCCGAAGUUUGUCUUUCGAUCCUCAUGGCAAUCUCUAUGUCGUCGAUUUCGGGAAUAAUCGUGUUCAACGCUUUUCAAUCGAAUAG